ACAAUGCGAGGAAAUGACGUCCCAAUGUUGUGAAUUGCUAAUAAGCUUCCACAAUCACACUGACAGCCACUAGGAGUCCACAAAUUCUACACAAACACUCUUCUCAGGAAUAUACUUGAAGCAACGUGAGGGCCCUUGAUGUCCUCACAAUUUCGGACGCAUUAGAAAACCACCAUGGACCUCCACAAAAUCAUCCACGGUGCGUUGCACGACUUCCUACAGUCUUAUAUCCCCGAUGCAGAUCUCAGUGCACUUGAUGAUGUCCUCUUGUCCUACAUCACUGGAGUUUUGGAAGAUCUUGGCUCCCAGCAAAGUGUUGAGGAGAAUUUUGACGUGGAGGUCUUUGGCGAGAUGCUGGAGGCGUACAUACCGGGAUUUGCGGAAAUUGACAGUGUAAAAGUGUGUGAAAUGAUGUUUAGCCUGGCGUCCACGCUAGCUACAGCUCGCACUUCAGUGGACGGAGAAAACGGCGUGCCAAAGACGGUAGACGGCUCGUUGAAAAUCGCCCCCCUCUUACCGAAUGAGGCCCCAUCUGGCAGGGAAAUGCAAUGCCUACAAACACAGACAGAGGGCGCCACAGCCGAGCUCCCCGUGUCCGAAUUGGAAAGCCAGGAGCAGCACCUUCUCGAGAUGUUCCCCAAGUGCAGUCUGUCGGAAGCCCGCAGCGCUCUGUCCAUUGCCAAAGGAGACAUGGAGGAAGCCGUGCGCCUCAUCAUUGAGGGCGAUGUCCAACUCAGCCCCACUCCGCUCAAUGUAAAUCAAGGGAAGAAUAUCUCAUCAGUGGCGGAUCACAAACUGAAAGAAAGCAUUCUUGAGAAGUACAUGCUGGUCGACAAUGAGGAGGACAAGAAAACGCAUCGACCGGUCGCCCCUAAAGAGGCUCCCAAAAAGCUGGUCCGCUACCACGGCAACCAGGUGGUGAGCACCAAAGGAGAACGCUAUCAGAUGGUAAAGAAGAACGAGACGGACGACAUGAAGAAGACCUACGUCAGCCUCAAGCCGGCUCGCAAAUAUCGAUUUCAUUGACAGCGCGGAGGGGCUGAUAUCAUCUUGACCUAUUUUGUUUUAUUUAUACAAUCGCUCUGGUUUGAAUCGGAUUUUUUCUUAAUCAAACACGAUGUUGUCAUGGUCCACAGUGCUUUUUUUGUUACAUUUUCUUCUGGAAUAUGUUGCAUAUUUAGUACCUGACUGUUUUUUAACGUUUGUGAGUGUUGAACUGAAGCAACGGUGUUUGCGCGUAUAUUAGCUAUUCGCUACUCGCAAAUUCGCCACCAAAGCCUUGUAUCAUGGAAAAGUAGUGCUUUGGUGCCAUCUUGUGACAUCUAGUUAGAAGUAUAGGUCGUUCGUGGCAGAUUACUAUAACAAUUUGUCAAGUUCUAGUGGUGCUUUAUAUAUUUUCCUAUUUCAAAUACUUGUCACUGACAUUUUGUUUGUUUUUGCCGUAGCGCAAAAAACAACAGACUGACUUCUGAUCGUUUGCACUGUGGUUUCCCUUCAGUUAAAUAACGCAUUGUUAUAUUAUGUUACAAUAUUGUGAACUCGUGUUUUGGAGCACUCCAUGUUUUAGCUUUGCGGGUAUAUUUAUUAUUAGAUGACUUUUCUAUUAUUGCACCGUGUCUCUGUAUUUUUCCAAAUGAAAUAUAAACUAGAUAAAUGUUGGUGCCUGAUGAAAAAUGUCAAAAUUGUGGUUUUAUCCAAAAGGGGGGAAAAAAAUAGAUAAAGCCACAAAUUUUGACGUUUUUUUUAGACGAUAAGCUUGAACAAAAGUAACGAUUGAAGAUGCCCAGAACUCAAUUGUGAUUUUACUGGAGUCUCUUUAAUUCCUAAUUAAAUAACAGCAGUGGUGUUUGUGACAGAUCUGAUGAUCGGUUUUACUGUGCCGUGUGCGGUGGCUCUUGACUGAACAUGUAACUCCCUUGCUUUGACGAAAACGCACAAUUUAUAAUAAAGACUAAUUUUGUAGACUAA